UAGGCUUGUUAUUCAAUAGUAUAAUUUUUGGAACAUCGUCUUUCCAGAGUGAAAUCAACAAAAAUUUACCCUUCAGAAACUGAACAGAAAAAGAUUUAGCUUCUCUCCAGUAGGCUAGAGCUACACCAGACAAGUAAAAAUGUACAAGACAGCAGCAAGACAUUGGAAUCAACGUGGACAAGGAAAAUCCAACAAGCUGCAGUUGUCUGUAUUAUUUUUUAUCUUCCAAAUGGAUUCCUUGGGACUGCUUCGCAGAACUUUAUCUCCUGUUGAUUUCUGGGUUUUGUUUCUCUUUUCGAACUUAAAUCCUUGUAUUCAGCUUAGACACAGUUUUGAGGGAAAUUUGUGACAGUUUUAAGUUUCAAAAUUUCAUUUUCAGUGGACUCAUCUUCCUCACCUGCUAUCCUUCAAGCAUCUCCACAACAUCUUUCAUUCUUUCGAAGUUCUUGAAAUAGGCAAUUGCUCAUCGAAGUCACAUAUGAUGCAACCGGUGAGACCUGUCCACGCGGAACAUGAAGCAAACCGUCUUCUCAGCUCGACACGACUCGACUCCAAUGUCUCUCCUAGAGCUUCCAUUGGUUAUGAUUCAAUCCCUUCUCCAUACUCCAAAUCCUUCGACUUCAAGAUGGUUAUAUCAAAUAGAACACGGUUCAGAUGGUGUUCUUACAUUUCAGCUUUACUGCUACUUCUAAUCAUAGCAGUUUCAUUUCUCCUUCACUUUUUGCCUCAUAAACAUAACCACCAUGAAGCCUCAAACAAUCACACAGUCGCAAUGAAUCAAGCUCUAAAGUUUUUUGAUGCUCAAAAAUCUGGUAGGUACCCAAAAAAUAGUCCAGUGAAGUUUCGAGGAGAUUCAGGCUUGGAAGAUGGGGUUGUGGACAAUAAACUGGAUGGUCUCGUUGGUGGUUUCUAUGAUUCAGGAAACAAUAUUAAGUUCACUUUCCCCACAGCUUAUACCAUUACUCUUUUAAGCUGGAGUGUGAUUGAGUAUCAUCCAAAGUAUGCAGACAUGAAUGAGCUUGAUCAUGUCGAGGACAUCAUCAGGUGGGGAACUGAUUAUUUGCUCAAAGUUUUUGUGGCCCCAAAUGGCACUUCUGAUCAAGCCAUAAUAUAUUCUCAGGUAGGAAGUGCCAGUAAUGAUAGUAAUGUUCAAACUAAUGACAACUGCUGGCAAAGACCAGAAGACACGAGGUACCCAAGACCUGUUUCAAAGUGUGAUACCCGGGCUUCGGAUCUUGCUGGAGAGAUUGUUGCAGCAUUAUCAGCUGCAUCAUUAGUAUUCAAAGAAGAUAACAAUUACUCAGGAGAAUUGGCGAAAGCUGCAGAGAAAUUGUUUGAGGAAGUGACUAAAUUAGACCCUAGUGAGCAAGGAACUUACACCUUGGUUGAUUCGUGUGGAGGAGAAGCAAGAAACUUCUACAACUCAUCAAGCUACAUGGAUGAAUUGAUAUGGGCAGGAACUUGGUUGUUCUAUGCUACUGGAAACACUUCAUAUCUUGCAUAUGCCACUGAUGCUGUAAGAUUUCAGUUAGCACAGAGCAAGGAAUCAAGUAUUGACAGAGGAAUUUUCGAUUGGAACAAUAAGUUCAGUGCAACUGCGGUACUAUUGACACGUCUCCUCUACUUUCAUGAUAUUGUCUAUCCAUAUGAACAUGCCUUGGGAGCAUCAUCAAACAAGACAGACAUCCUCAUGUGUUCGUAUCUCAUUGAUCAACACUUCAACAGGACACCUGGUGGACUGAUCAUCCUAAGACCUGAUGGUGGAGCACCACUUCAGUUUGCUGCAACAGCAUCAUUUCUCAGUAAAUUGUACAGUGAUUACCUUGAUCUUUUGGGAGCAUCUUACAUGAGUUGCAUUUUUGCCAAUCCUGGCUUUUCUCUGGAAAAGUUGCGGACCUUCUCUAGGUCUCAGGCAAGUGCAAUAGAUUUCAAUGGUAUUGAACUUUUUCAGCUCAACUACAUACUUGGAGAUAAUCCAAUGAAAAUGAGCUAUGUUGUUGGCUUUGGAACCAAUUUUCCCACCCAUGUCCACCACAGGGGUGCCUCAAUUCCUCGGGAUGGUCAAUUCUAUUCAUGUGCUGAAGGGGAUAGAUGGCUCCUCUCGAAGGCUUCAAAUCCAAAUAUUCUUUCCGGAGCCCUGGUGACAGGACCAGACAAGUUUGACCACUUCUCGGAUGAUAGGGGUAAGCCUUGGUUUACCGAACCAAGUAUAGCAAGCAAUGCAGGUUUAGUUGCAGCGCUCGUUGCUCUACACGACUAUCCAGGUGAUACAUCAGAUUUUAAUGGAAAAGAUUUAGGCAUAGAUCAGAUGUCAAUCUUUGAUAGGAUCCCAAUGGCUUCUGUAGCUCCUUGAUGGUCCUAAGAUAUAUUUUUAACUUCUAACAAGAGCAGAAAUGUGACUUCAGAAAUCUUCGCUCUGUAAUAUCCCAAAAUCUUUCUUACAUGCAAGUAUAUGAACAAAUUGUUUCUUCCCAACCAGCAUGACCUUUUUGAGUAAGAAGUUAUGCAAUCUCAUUAUUGAUUCUAUGCUUUUGCCCUAUUUAUCAUUGCUUGUAUUCUCUCCCUACAAGCUAAUAUGGUAUCCUCAGUUUUCAACACGUCCAUUAAUUAAUAGAUCACUGUAGGAAACAAAAUUUCAUCCCAAGAAAUCAUCCAAAGCAAUUAUCUGCCUCUUCAAAACAGAGACUAAUUUUAAAAGCGGAAGCUAAGAGCUAAGACUUGAGAAUGACUUCAACAAUUUCAGUAGUACACAAGAGCAGUAUUAUUUUUUUUUUUCACUUCGACAGGAUUUAGUCCUUUGUUGUAAUUUAAUUAGGAACGCCUAAUAGGAAAACAGGCUCAAGAUCUUCAAAACAGAAAAAGGAACUCUUUGUUGAUGAAGAAAACUCGAUUGGUAGAAUAGCAUGGACAGAUAUUUAUAGAAUUUGAUUUAAUUUUCCGGUACACUCUGUAACCAAAGUAAUUGAAGAUACAAUACACAACACAACCCAACCAAUCCGCAAGUUCGAUUAAAGAACACGACACUAAAUAAGUUGAAAGACAAUCAAUCGGCACUAUAUUGAUCUUUAAAAUUUUAGAAUCUGAAUGCUGCAAAACGAUGAGAAGAAAAGACCUAACGCAGCAGCCGCGUACAGGGAGAUCAAAAGAUGUGGAGUAAACCAGAGACCCACUGCCGGAAAAUAACGGAUUUGAAGAAAAAUUAAAGACACAGAGGGGAAAUUCAAUCACAAGAGAAGACCUGUUGGGGCAAUCUCAAAGCCUCGGCUCUGGUGAAGCAGGUGUCGUCGAUUACAUCGCUCCGACACCAGCGACACUUGGGGCUCUGCGAACAUUGUAACGCCGAAACCUUCUCGCCGCAAUUCGGGAUCUUCUGGUCUCUCCUCCUCUGGGAGCUCAAUAAACUGCGAUCCGAAGUGGGGAAGGUGGUUUUCCGAUCCAUGGGUAAGCCAUUGCAAGAGACGCAGAAGAAGAAUAAGAGGAGGAAGGAGAGGAGGAAAAUGGAGAGCGGCGAGGGAAGAUCGGAGCUCCUUCCCAUGGAAAUGGAGGAGAGGCUGUGGGAAUCUAAAUCCCACAGCUAAACUUCAGAACUCCACCGCAACUGCUGCAGCCUGGU